CGCGAAUGAAUGUCAACCGAGCGCCGUGCAAAUAGAGCCGCCGCCAGCUACGAUCGCCACCAGCUACGAUCGCCGCCUGCGUGAUGAAACAUCAAUCAAGAUUUCAACUGUUGGGCACCUGCCUAGUGGUGGGUCAGCUACUGGCCAUCGCGUUUGGGGCCGAGAUUAUGACCGCUGGCAUCGCCGGUGGAGGAGCACCCGAUCGACGACCGUCUUCGUCGUCUAGUCAGCUUGCAGCAGCCGGCUCAGCAAACCAAAGCCGCCCCACGGCGGAAACUAGACGGGAGUCAGUUAGGUUAGGUAGCGAUAACGAUAGCAGUAUUAAGCAGGGAAGCACAGCCACCAGUGCUAAGGUGGACCAAAGGGCGCCGGAUGAGCUGUCGCAGGACGCAAAGGACGCGUUCAGUGCGUGGUCGGCGCAGAAGUUCGUGAACAAGCCGACGUACGAUCGGAAGGACCUCGGAAAGGGACGGUUCGGUGCGAGGGCCCUCAUCGACACCGGAACACCUGACCUGUCCGACUGGCAGUGUCCGCGGGUGGCGAGCAGUGACAAACUCGAGUGCAGCUGCGAUCUACCCCACACGCUCCGAUGCAGCGGUGACCUGCACGGGCUCGAAGUGAUCGCCGACAGUCUCCGGCAGUCACCGUACACCGUGUCGCUGCUCGACUGCACCCUCAAGAACGUGACGACCAUCAGCGAUGGCAGUAUCUUCCAGAACGUGUCCCUCCAGGGGUUAGUGAUCUCGUCGGGCGAGAUCAAACGGGUGCACCGGUUCGCGUUCGCCGGCAUCCGGACACCCCUACAAGCACUCGGGCUGCCGAACAACGCCCUCACCGGGGUACCGAUGCAAUCUUUGGCCACCGUUUCGCAGCUAGAUCGGCUCGAUCUGUCGUUCAAUCGCAUCAAGUCGCUCCAAAACACCGACUUCAUGACCGUGCCAAAGCUGUCCUACCUGGAACUGAGCGGGAACCAGAUUUCGCUUGUCUCACCCAAAAGUCUGAUGCCACUGCGGAGCCUACUGCACCUAAAGCUGAACGGCAACCGGCUCGGGGACUCACCGGAAAGUCUGAAAGCGCUCGAGGCGUGCGUCAGCCUGAAGGAGCUCGAUCUGCACGCGAACGGGCUCAAAGGACCGCUGCGCAACACGACCCUGCCGGCGAUCCGUGGGCUGGAGAUACUGUACCUCAACAAAAACUCCAUCGCCAGCAUCCACAACGGCGCCCUGGAGGCGUACCCGUACCUGCAGAUGUUGUCGCUACGCAACAACCAGAUCGACGUGCUGCAGGAUCACGCCUUUUCCGGGCUAGCGUCCCUGCAGGUGCUCGAUCUCGGCCACAACGGUAUCGUCACCAUUAGCGGGGCAUCGCUCAAGCACUUGCCGCGUCUGAUCAUCCUCGACCUAACGCACAACUUCCUCCGCGCCCUGACGGCGGACGUGGUGGCUCCGCUGCCGGCACUGAAAGAGCUCCGUCUAGACGGAAACGAUAUUUCACUGAUCGCACAGAACGCCCUGGUGAACGCAACCCAACUGCACAGCCUAUCGCUCGAGAACAAUCCGCUCGUUUGUGAUUGUACGAUGAAACCGUUCCUCGAUUGGCUCCGGGCUGGCCCAGCUCGUAUCGCCUCCCAGGACAUUCUGGGUGCGAUCUGUGCCACACCGCCCGCCCUGGAAGGGGCCGCAUUGCUGCAGCUCGCCCCGGACACGCUGAGCUGUGAAGCGGGCGGAAAACAGCAGGACACCCUCCGGAACGAGGCCACCUUCGCCACGGUCGAGGUUAUGUUGAAGCUGAAAAACAAUGCGUCGUACGUGAAGGACAUCGGGGGCCAGGUGCGGUUGCGGAGCGUGAAUUUCACCGACGAAAGUGACGUCUUUCUGUACUGGCUGUUGGACACGGACGAUUACUCGUGCCGGUUUGUGUACGUGUUCCACGACGAUGAUCCGGAAACGAUCCUGUUCAACUCGGAGGUUUCGUGCGUCGUGAAACCGGAAGAGCGCACCGCGGUCGAGUACGUGUACAGUGCGAAGCUGGUCGGAGCGUACGAUUUGCAGAGUGAAGUCAGCUACAAAUUCUGCCUCAUCAUGAAGGAGGACAUUUCGAAGGACGAAUACUUGGGUGCCUGCCAGCUGGCCACGCUGCCCCAGCCGCACGCGAGUCCGACCAAGCGAAAGUCGAUCAAGAAGGAGCUCCAGAUAAGCGUCCGGCAGACGAACGAGUCCGACAUUUCGGACUUUGAUCGAAUUUCGUCCGACUUUCGGCACGACGAUCAGAACCGUGACGAGCUGCUGAACGACGACGGAGCUGCCGAUGGCGGAGAGGCUGCCGGCGACGACGGGAACGAUGACGGGCUGGCUGGACUGGAUGAUGCCGGCGGCGGGGACUACGAGGACGACGAAAUGCUAUCGAAGCACCUUUACGAUGAUCCCGAUUUUCGGCAACUGGAAGAGCGACGCUUCCGGCUAGCGGAAGCGGCAGCUGCCCGGUUGCCCUCGGUUCGCGGUGGCCGCAUGCUGCUCGAGGGUCUCGGCACGAUCAUCAUCAUCACCAGCCUGAUCGCGUUCGUGUGGGGCUUUCUGCGGUUCAAAGGGGGUGCGAAUCGGGGGUUGCCGUCGGUCAGUACCUGCUACACCGUAGACGACCGGCGGAGUAGCUCGCAGGAUGUCGAAAGCCGAAGCCGGUACUUUAAGCUACAGGCCACGACAAGCUUGUGAGGCACACGAGAACCCCCGGGCGAAGCUCGGCAGAAGAGUGUCGGGCACUGUAAAUGACUGUACAUAGCGAGUUGCAAUGGGCACCGCAAGCCUUGUGAAUACUAUUAUUUAUGCUAGGGAUAGGUCGGCAUGGGAGUAGAAUGUAACUGAACUCGAACUCGGCAGAUUUCCAUAUGUUUUACCAUUUAAGCUAGAAAUUGUUAUCUUUUGUACGUGUUUACAGUGUUUGUGUAUUUUCUCAACUCUACUAAUCCAGUUGUGCCAUUGGUUUGCGGGCUCCGCGUAUGGCGGAACAUAUCGGCGCCAACGACGGUGGGAACUAGAUUGGGUCGAUUUACCCUCAUUUGUUGUGUUCCUUGUUCAAUUCGCCACCUUUGAAUGAAAGCUAAGAUGCUGUCAAAAACUUGGAUCCUCCCUGUUAUGGUUACCAAGGAAACACACCUCCAUAAAUCAGGAAUACGAACAAAAUUAUCCUUGUCCAUUAACCAUUUCUUUUAUCAGAACCUCGAGCUAGUUAAAAAUUAGUCUUUUGAAUUGAACUGAUUUCAUCGAAGCGAAAGGUUGCGAUGUCGACCGUGAAUCGUAGCAACCAUGGCUAGCCGAAUAACAGUUUAGCGCACAAAAUGUAAGCCCAACGUGGUGGUGCCAUAAUUUCAACGAGUUUCUGAAAUAGUUUCCACCAAUCUUAGUUCUACCCUCUUCCGUUGGUGCCGAAAAUCGAAAUGCGAAAAGCUCCGAAAAAGGGCGAAAAGCGGAUUCAGUCCGCAUGUUUUGUGUAUUGUUGGAUGGAAAUAAAAAAUGUAACGACGCAAACCAUUGA